AUGAUUCGCGUUCCUCAAGUAUGGGCUAUCCUUACACGGAGUUACAGGUUCUCUAACCCCACUUUCGCAGGGUUUAAGCAAGCACGCGGGUCGGGGGACUCCGGUAAAUCUUCCUUGUUCAAUAAUGAACGAAGAUGGAAAGAUGACGAUUCAUUCACUGCUCUUGGAGCAACUGAUGAACUCUCUUCAUUAUUGGGAGUCUGCAUGGUGAAAGCUGAAAACGAUGGUAUUCAUGACGUCGCUGAAGUCUUGACUCGUCUUCAAUGUUGUCUCCAAGAUAUUGGUGCUCAUGUUGCAACGCCUUCUAAUUCAACAAAAAGAAAACUAGAUCUAACAAAUAUAGACCAGGAGAUGGUGGAAUGGAUUCAUAACGAAGUAGAUCGUUUUGGAGACCAAAUUCCUCCUAUAAGACAAUUCAUUCUCUCUGGUGGAGGUGAAACGUCUGCCAUGAUUCAAUAUGCUCGUGCCGUAUGCAGAAGAGCUGAAAGAACCCUUGUACCUUUGGUCCGUGAUGAGCAAGUUGAUAAGCAAGCUUUGAAGUUUCUUAACAGAAUGAGCGACUUAUUGUUCGUGUUGGGCCGAUAUACCUGUAUGAAAAAUGGCAAGGAAGAAGCUGUAUAUCUGCGUCCAAAAACGUUCACUGCUCAGAGAUGGAUAAGAAAGAAGUUGGAGGACAAGUCUCCUUGA